UUCUUUCGAUGACUACACCCCGAUAGGAGGAGCGUGAAGAACGUAGUAGGCGUCAGAAUCCUCAAUUUCCAACUUAGCAUCUUGGCAGGACAUUUUCCCAAGCAAAGCCCCCAUCCGAAGGCAAAAAACUUCUUCUACACGGCAUGAGACAGAGUGAGCAAGAGAGAGAGAGAUAGGAAAAAUAGAGAGUAGCAAGCAAACACAACGGUCAGUUGUAGCUGACUAUCAGCGAAAAAUAUAUAUAUAUCUAAGUCUAUGUAUUUGUUUAUAUUUUAGCUUUUUACCACAAUCAUUUAGAGGGGAACAGACAGCGGUCUGUUGAUACGAGACUCCUAUGACUGAAAUCGGACAGUGCAUGAGAAAAUAAAGAGGAAAAGUGCGCAAGUAAGUGGCUUACUUUCGGGGCUUUCACCAUGGCGUAUCCUCAGGGCUAUUUGUACCAGCCAUCCGCUUCGUUGGCGCUGUAUUCAUGCCCGGCGUACAGCACCAGCGUUAUAUCGGGACCCAGGACCGAAGAACUUGGUAGAUCCUCAUCUGGCUCAGCUUUUGCUCCCUAUGCCGGAACUACGGCGUUCACCAGCGCUUCGCCCGGGUACAACUCCCAUCUCCCGUACAGUGCGGAGGCGGGAGCGGCCGCCACAUUCGCUUCAUACGUGAGUUCUCCCUAUGACCACACGACGGGCAUGGCUGGGUCUAUAGGAUAUCACCCCUACGCUGCUCCCCUGGGGUCAUACCCCUACGGUGACCCGGCAUACCGAAAAAACGCGACCCGGGAUGCUACCGCCACUCUUAAAGCCUGGUUGAACGAGCACCGUAAGAACCCCUACCCCACCAAGGGCGAGAAAAUCAUGCUGGCCAUCAUCACCAAAAUGACCCUCACCCAAGUUUCCACCUGGUUCGCCAACGCCAGGAGGAGGCUAAAGAAGGAGAACAAGAUGACCUGGACUCCCCGAAACCGGAGCGAGGACGAGGAGGAAGACGAGAACAUCGAUCUGGAAAAGAAUGACGACGACGAGCCUAGCAAGCCGAAAGACAAGGGAGACUCGACAGACACAGAGUCAGAUCAUAAAUUGCUGAACCCGGGGGACAUAGUGUGCGACAGAUUUAAAGAGGAGAAUCAUGGCAAAGAAACGGAUCCCCUUCUGAGCGACUCGGAAUUAAAAGACCAGGGGGAUCGGACAGAGUUACUGCCCGAGUCUGCUAAACCCACCACCUCGUCUCCAUCCGCCAUGCCUCGGGGAGGAACGGAGCUCGUUGCGCAAGACAAGCCGUCAGAAAUGGGCCAUGCGCCGGGCACAGUAAACAGCAACGUGACGUCUGUCAUUCACUCCUCCCCAUCGGCCCCUAAACCCAAACUCUGGUCCCUGGCUGAGAUCGCAACGUCCUCAGACAGGUGUAAGAGCAGCAGCGACGGGCCGCAGGGUCAUGGGAUGGGUCACAGCACAGUGAUCACCACCAAUGCAGCGUCACCAUCACGGUCCUCCCCACAGUGCCCUCUCCCAAACAGCACAGUCCUAUCCAGGCCUAUCUACUACACGUCCCCUUUUUACCCGGGCUACACGAACUAUGGCAGCUUUGGACAUCUUCACAGUCACAGCAAUCACGGCUCAGGCACGGGCUCCACGGCACAUUUCAAUGGAUUAAACCAGACUGUGUUAAAUAGAGCAGAAGCUUUGGUAAGAGAAAGCCAGAAAGGCAGAGGCCAAACGCAGGUAGAUCUUUGUAAAGACUCCCCUUAUGAACUAAAGAAAGGUAUGUCAAACAUUUAAUACCUUGAUCCCUUUCAAAAAUCCAUCGGACCUUUAUUUAUUAUUUGUGGGUGCAUUACAAAAAAAUAAGAAAAAUAAGAAUAAUAAAGGAAAAUUCUGAGAACAGUUAUUUUCUGAGUAAAUGCUUAUCUUCAAAUCUUAGUUUCUGAAUGGUUAAUCCUAAUGAUGUAACAAGAAUGGUCUUCAUCGCUGCAGCCGCCUGAGUCUAUUUGUAUUAAAGACUAAUAUGUAUAUUUAAUGUAGCAUUUUUGUAUUUAAAAUGGACAAUACACUAUCUUUGAAGUAAAUUAUGAGAAAAAAAUA